AUGUCUUUCCAAGUACAACUCACUUCACCUCCUUCAGUAACUUCUUUAUCUGAACUUUUACGAACCAUACGUUCAUGUUUUAAUGCUCUUGAGCCUUCUAUCUCACAACUUAUAACUGAGUACUUUUCACCACCACAGUCGCAUGAACUUCCAGUUCUUUCGAGACAGAUUGAGGAUUAUCUGGAUGAAUUGAACAACGAAGUUCGAUUACUCACACAUGCCACAUCUAAUUGGAAAGAUUGGCGUACAAAAGGAAUGUCAAAUUGGAAAUCACUCUCCCUGGAAAAACCGUCUUUGACAUUUGCACCUCAUAAAGGCAAAAGAUGGACCAAAGAACAACGGGAUUUCUGGCAAGUUUGUGAAAAGGGGAGACAAAAUCUGAUUAGUGCUUCAACUCGUUAUACCGAUUUAGAAGGUAGAGUAAUGGGAAUGAUCCGAACCGGAGAGGGAAGAGUGGGAAAUUCUUAUGGACCUGAUGUGAAAGUAAGAGGGAUAGACUUGUCCACGUUUACAGCUUACGAUCCAUUUGAUAUGAUUGAACCAAAGGGUUUUCCACGAGGAGAAGAGGAUUAUGAAGAGAAUACAAUCGUGGUAGUUCCACAAACGUUUCAAGCUGAGGGAAGUCAAGAAGAAAGUCUUUGUCAAAUUGAAUAUGAUGAAUAUCCUAACAAGGAGGUGAAGGACUCAAUAUGUUAUACAUCUCCAACAAAUACAGUCUCAAGAGGAAAAGGAAAGAAAGAGGAUAUUGUUUCUUAUUCCAAUACGUUGAAACAUACAGGUGACAAAGGAAUGAAAAGAGAAUCAAUUCAAGGUCAUUAUGUAAAUGGACCACAAAAUACUCUUUCAUCAUGGAAACAACCAUUUGAAGACGAACAGGAUAUCAUCGAUCUAGAUCAAGAGGAAGAAGAAGAAGAAGAGAGUGAUGAGGAUGACGAAGAAAGUGAUUAUGAAGAGAGUGACGAUGAAGAUGAAGAUGAAGAUGAAGAUAAUCUGAACAGAGAGAAAGAGAAAGGUUGGGAUAAAGGUUUGUGGUAUAAGGGUGAUGAAGAGUUAGCAGGAAAGACAAGAUCUACAACUAGCUUCCGUUGA